AUGUAUUUGUUGCGGCGAAUUGAUAGCGAUGCUUUGGGCCUGGUCAAUGUCAAUUUAAUGUUAUUUUACUCAACAACAAUUUUUCUGAUACGUGAGCCGUUCCGAAAGGUAUUUCUGGGAAGUGAAAUACCACUGUCGGUUGUCGUUACACAUUUAUGGUUUGCGCCAUUAAUUUGUCCUUUGAUAGCUGCUGUGUUAUAUCUGUGUUUCUGGCUACCUUUUUCGACUCUACCAGACGCCUCACUGGUACCAUCAUAUACCACAGCAUUAUCAAUGUUUGCAUUCUCUGCUUGGCUCGAAUCAUUCGCUGAGCCUUAUGUCAUACUGUCAUUACGAUUCGGCAUGGAUGCUCAGUACGCAUUUGCCCAAAGUUUCCUGGUUAUAAGUCAACGAGUCUUUGCACUCAUUUUAGUCAUUAUGGUACCGAUAUUACCCGUUUAUGCAUUCUGCUUUGCUCAGGUUCUGUCAUCCUUUUGUUACACCGCUUUGUGUAUAUAUCUAUUAGUUUCUGGCAUUCGGUCUGUCGCACCAUCUAUUAAAGAUUUCAGCCUGGUAUCUGUUUAUCCAAGUUUUCCUAAAGCGUUCUCAAAAGAGAAUCGUUCUAUAUUGGGAGCUUUUACUGUUCAUUCCAUUUUUAAGCAGGUUGUUACAAAUGGUACUGGCUACGUACUUACAUUCACGAAUUUUUUUUCCUUAUCGGAUCAAGCAGUUUUCGAUGCAGUCGAUAAAUUAGGCAGUUUGGUCGCACGUGUCAUUUUCGCACCACUCGAGCAUUCUGCGUAUUUGUAUUUCUCCACUUGUUUUCGAAGAACGACUUCGGCGAAGGAUCGAAUAGAGACUGAUGUGAAAAAAGGAGUUAAUGCAAUGAGCAGUCUUCUGCACAUUGUUAUUUUGGUUGGUAUUGUAAUAUUUAUUUUUGCAAUACCUUAUUCUUCUCUUGCUGUCAAAAUAUACGGUGGCACUGUGCUAAUUAGUAAUUCAGGUGCGAAUAUUCUGAGACUUUACUCUUUCUACAUAAUUAUCAUUGCAAUCAAUGGUAUCAUUGAAUGUUUUGCUAUGGCAACAAUGAAUGAAAAAGAGCUUCUUUCGCAUGGCUGGUUUUUGUUCUUUUCUUCUCCCAUCCACAUAUUUCUAUCCUUCAUAUUUUCGUACGCUAUCAGUGCAUAUGGUUUGAUAUUAGCAAAUAUAAUUACUAUGCUGAUGCGAAUAGCUUACAGCUGGAGACAUAUACGUCGAUUUUCACGCGGUCAAAUUAGUUUUCUGAAAUCACUUCCAAAUUUUCCAACAAUUCUAAUUCUUUUUUUUUGUCUUAUGGUAACUUCACUUUCCUUCCUGAUUUUCGGUGAAGUUGAUGGCAUAAUGCACAGUGCUGCACACGUAACUGUUGGAUGUUCCUUAUUCAUUUUUAUUAUCAAUCAUAUCUAUCAAAAUGACUUGCAUGUUGCCAAAUUCUUAAGUGACAAAUCGCUGGGAUCUCAUAAUGGUUGA